AUGGUGCGAACGUACAACAAGAAAACCACAAGGGGUAUUAUUCCAACGGAACAAUUUGAAAGGGCAGCGCAAUCAGUUUUACAAGAACACUUGUCAAUUAGGGAUGCUGCUACUCGCGGUGAAGUUAAUUUCAUGACAUUGCACCGCUAUAUGAAUAGAAAAUCAAAGUUAGGCGUUGAAAACAGUAACAAGAGCUUGGACGGUUACGCUACGGCCAGAAAAAUAUUUAACAAUGCUGAAGAAGAGGAACUUGCCGCAUAUACCGAGCAUUCUGCUAAAAUUUAUUACGGUCUUACAACUUCUAAUUUACGAAAAUUUGCAUUCCAGUAUGCAACAGCAAACAAAAUAUCUGUUCAGGAAAAUUGUAAGGUCAAUGAAAUAGCUUCCAGAGAUUGGUUAUUUGGAUUUUUAAAGAGGCAUCGAACUUUAUCUGUCCGAACACCUGAAGCUACUAGUAUGGGUAGAGCCACCGCGUUUAAUCGCCAUAAUGUGUCGCAGUUUUUUAAUAACUUUGGCAAAGUUUAUGAUAAAUAUAAAUUCGAGCUCCAAGAAGUCUAUAAUAUGGAUGAAACUGGACUUACAACUGUCCAAAGGCCCACAAAAAUCAUUGCCAAAAGGGGAACUAAGCAGGUAGGCGCCAUCACAUCUGGAGAAAGGGGUCAACUUGUUACUUCGGCAUCAGUUGUCAACGCAAAUGGCAAUUCUGUGCCUCCAUUUUUGAUAUUUCCAAGAAAAGAAUUCAAAGAUUUUAUGGUAGCCAAUGGACCUCCUGUUUGUGUAGGUGCGUCUCAUUUCUCUGGAUGGAUGACAUGUGAUAAAUUUCUGUUGUUUAUGAAACAUUUGGUCCACUUUGUACGAUGUAGCAAAGAGAAACCCGUUUUGAUGGUGUUGGAUAAUCACGAGUCGCAUUUGUCUAUAUCUGUGUUGAAUUUCUGCAAAGAAAAUGGAGUGAUUCUUUUAAGUUUCCCGCCACAUACGUCGCACAAAUUGCAACCACUUGAAAGAAUGGUAUUUGGCCCACUCAAAAGACAUUUCAACAGUGCUGCAGAUGCAUGGUUAAGAUUUAAUCCCAGUAAAGUAUUGAACAUUUACGACAUACCUACCAUUCUCGAAGAUGCAUUUCCUCUUGCUGUUACACCUCUUAAUAUACAGAAAGGAUUCAGUGUGACAGGAAUUUGGCCGAACAACAUUGAAAUAUUUCAUGAUGAUGAAUUCUUGCCUGCAGAGGUAACAAAUAGGCCAAUAACAGAAAAUAUAAACGCAAGAGUAGACAUAGAUCCCUCACCUAUUGGCACUGAGAGACAUAGGACUCCUUCUCCACAUCAACCUUUUACAAGCACAUAUAUAAACUUGGCGCAAAAUGAACCUGUUGAUUUGGCACCUACUCAUUUAACGCCCCAAGAGGUGGAACCUUAUCCAAAAGCAAUGCCAAGAAAAUCAAAAAAGUUCGGAAGAAAAGAACUUCCGCUGUAUUGA